AUGGGUUGGGAGAAUACGCCCGCUCAGCCUAAGGCUGGUCCUACUUCAUUCAAUGUUAGAGAUACCGACGGCCCUGUUGAAAUGGUAACUGGACCACCACCCUACUAUUCGACAGAACCACAAGAUUAUCCGCGACGGAAUAUGCGUAGCCAACCAGCUUUACCUUGGUGGAAUCCAAAGUCUUGGAGGAAAAGAACUUGGGCUAUUGUUGUGAUAGCUUUUAUUAUCAUUAUCAUCGUCGCCGUAGUCACUCCGGUUGAGGUCGCCAAGGCAAACCGAUAUCCGAAUUAUACCAAACUCAAUUAUGCCUUGGCAGAUGAAUAUUCCGGGACGACUUUCUUCGAUAAGUUCAAUUAUUUCGUAGGAUACGACCCAGCGCAGGGAUUCGUUCAUUAUGUCCCCGAAGCACAAGCUACGCAACUAAACCUCACCUAUGCUUCUGAGGAUUCGGCCAUUAUAAGAGUCGAUACCAGCGUCGGUCCCCAGUCCGAACCUGAUGCAUCGACGGGCCGUUUCUCCGUGCGAAUCGAAUCUCAAGCGCAGUAUGAUAAUGGCCUUUUUAUUUUUGAUGUGAAGCACACGCCGUUCGGAUGCGGAACUUGGCCCGCCUUGUGGCUCGUCGACCCCGCCAACUGGCCGGAUCAUGGUGAGAUCGAUGUGAUGGAGGCUGCGAACAAAGCCACCGAUGGCAAUCAAAUGACGCUGCACACGACAGAUGGUUGCUCGAUGGAUGUGAAGCGUAUAAUGAGCGACUCGGGUCUUUCGAACGACUGCCACAAUGCCACCGAUAACAACGCCGGCUGCGGAGUUAGAGGCGACGCCGCUACUUACGGCAGCGCGUACAACGAUGGACAGGGCGGUAUCAUCGCGAUGGAGUGGCGUAACGAGGAUUUCCCGAACACGAACUGUGACAUUGGCUCGCACUUUAAGAACCAGAGUAUCAUUGCCAACAUAGAUCUCUGCGGGCAGUAUGCCGGCGCUUUGUACGCUUCAAGCGGCUGCCCGAGCAACUGUACCGACUAUGUUGCUAACAACCCCGAAGCUUUUACUGAUGCGUUUUGGGAAUUCGGCAAAUUCGAGGUCUACAAGGCUACCUAG